AUGCUGGCAUCUUUGUCCUACGGCGCCGAUUGCCUCUGUGGCUGGCGCCUCAAGGAGGAGAAUGCCCUUUACACGCAUCGACUACUCGAGGAUUUCGGCCAAUAUCCAGAUGUCACAUCGGUUCUCAACAAUCCGACGGCUGCCAAAUUCAACCGAGACUGGAUGAUAUAUGACUGGAGAAAUGUCGAGAUCAAGGACAAUUCUCUGGUACUUAGGCAACGUGGAUACAGCGCCGAUGACCUGCGAGCAUAUCGCCCUGUGAGCAUAGCUGCCAUACAGUCAAGAACACUUGACAUGCUUCAUGGCACGUAUCGAAUUGUCUUCAAGCUCGAAGGAUCACACGGAGGAGCAUGCGCGGGAUUUUUCUGGUAUCACGAUGAUAGGUCUGAGAUCGAUGUCGAGAUCGUUACGGCAGGAAACUCUCUAGUCAACAACACUAUCAACUACACAUUGCACCCCUCACUUGCACAAGACGGUUCACCUAUCCCAAGCGCCACAGUAUCACGUCCCCUGAACCAGUUUGGCUACAAUCCCGAAACCUUUCAUGAAUACCGCUUUGACUGCGAUCCUGUCCGAGGCGUUGACUACUACGUUGACGGCAAGCUCAUGCACACGAAUGACAAUAACAUCCCGACAGCUGGUGGCAACUUGCAAGUGAAACUGUGGGCUGAUGGGAACAAGUGGUGGAGUGGUACGCCGAGCACUACAGACGUCUUCAUGACCAUCAAGAGCAUUGUUGUGUACUACAAUACUUCCGGCCCGGAUGUUGAGUGGGAGAAAACUUGUCGAGCUGCUGGUGGACCCAGCAAGAGGACGAUCUGUAGCAUCAAAUAA